ACUAAAACCGCCGCUGGUGCACUAUCUGUACAAACAAAAAUAAAUAGUGAAUAAAUAAACUAAUAAAUAACAGUUACCCUUAAAUAUAAAUCCCAAAAAUGUCUACAGGUGCACAAUUAGCGCAGCAGUUGCAGCAAGAACUACAGAAUGAAUUAACUACAUCUAAUCAACUUCUACGAUUAAUAUCACUUGAAUUACAACAAAUAAAGCAAUUCACGGGCCCUGGGGGUGAAUUUGAGGCGAAUAUCAAGCAGAAUGCGUCACUUAUGUCUACACUGGCAAGCAUACAACAAGUGGACAUUGAGAACCUUCCCCCACUCACCCGAACCCACAUAGAUUUAGGUAACAAUGUCAAUCAGAACUUGUCCUAUGAACAGCAUGACACAUUUAGAGAGAGUUCCAAUAUGGAUGACAGUCAGUAGUGUACAUAUAACCCGUAUGAAUUAACUAGACAUCUUGCAUCAAGAAGGUGUCAUACAAGAAGUUUCUAGUUAAUUUGUAGGAGUUAUAUCUGUGGUAUUUACUAUAGAUUGUAAGUAAUUCCUCUUUAUAACUUAUUAUUCAUUUGAUAUAAAACUAUGUAACUAAGUAAACUAAUUAAGUUCCUCUGUGAACAAUUUGUAAUGGAAGUUUACCUCAGUUGUAUGUAAUGUAUAAAAAAUAUUAAGAGGAAUUAUUUUAAAACAUGCUGUGGGGCUUUUUGUACCUACCAAAGUUGGGUAGACAGGAAUGUUUGAAUUUGAAUGGAUAAUUCUUUCACUUUUAUUUGUAUUUAAACAGAAAUGCAAAAUGUAAUUGUGCUUCUGUCUACCCCAAUAGAGAUAAGAGUAUAUAGGGUAUGUAUUAGAUUACCACACAACAUGUUAUAGUAGAACUGUAGUUAUAGUAUCUUUCCAGUUAGAAACUACAACCUUGUUAGUGUAGUGCAUUUGGAAUAAUAUUCAUCACCUCACUAAAUCACUAAUUUAAGAGCCACACUCUUGUCGUAGCAUUCUCCAUGCUACUUUUUUAAGAAAAAAGGCAGCAGUUUCCCUCUGGUAUCUGGUUGGUAACUACUUAAUAAUUAUCCUUCCUUUUUGAUGAGGAAACUAAAUAAAAUCUAAAUAUAAUUCAACCUUGGUCACAGUGUACUAGGUAUAUAUAGCAGAAGUAAAGAUGUUUCCAUUUAAAAAUAAAUAAAUAAGUAAAUAAAUUUUAUUAAAUGUUUUUUAAACAGAAAAUAAUUUUCCAAUAGUAUUUUGUUUACAAAAUUAAUAUUACAUAAUUUUCCAAAGACCACAAUGAGUAUUUUCAUUGACACCUUUUUGUUUUCACUUCAUAGAACAAUAUAUUUAUUGUUAGUG